AUGCGGGAUCAAACUGCCGAGUUGUCGGUCCAACUCAAGGAGGCUCAGUCCCAGGCCGAAUCGCUCGAGGAAGAACUCGCAGAGGCGCAAAAGCACCUACAAGAACGUACUCGCGAGGGAGAGACAAUGCGUCGUAUGAUUGCUGAAGUGGACGAGAAAGCGGACCAGAAGGUGCGCGAGAUGAGGUCAAGGUUGGAAGCGACCGUUGAAGAAAGAGACCGUAUCGAAGAUGAGUCAUCCACCCUUGCGCGGCGGCGCGCUAGGGAAUCUGAGGAGUUGCGACAGAAGGUGAGGGAGCUAGAAAGGGAAAUGAAGACGCUCGCAGCCGAAAAAGACGAUCUCGAGUUGAGAGAAAGAGAAUGGAGGAAAAGGAGAGAAGAACUCGAGCGAACCGAGGAGAAGACGUCUGCCGAGGCCGAGGACAUGCGGCAAGCCGUGGCCAAUCUACGAUCCGCCCUGGACAACUCGGAGAGCUCGGUUAGGGAGGCCGAAAAGCAGCGCGCCGACAUGCGCAAAGUACUCGACGAGUCCCGAGCCAGGUACGAGAAACUCGCCAAAGAGCUCAAGAUGGCUCAGGCGAGGAUUGCGGGGGCGCCUGUCGCUAGCAGCGGGCGAAGUAGCAUCGAUAGCAACAGGAGCGGUACACCUAGUCACGGCGCAAGCACUGGCGGUGGGCAAGCAGUAGGAGUUGAUACCUUGUACUUGAAGACCAUCCUGCUGCAAUUCCUCGAAGUCAAGGACGAGAAGGUGCGCGGCCAGUUAGUGCCUGUGCUGGGAAAACUGUUAAGGUUCGAUAGGAACGACGAGCAGAAGUGGUUGAAUGCUGUGCAACAUCUGUCGAAGUCAGGGCGGUAG